GACGACAUUUGCCUCGCAAGGAACACCGCACCGUCGACGAACUUGGGGUACAGAAAUUAGUCCCAACUCACCGCCCACGGCUAGCGUCAUCAUCCCAGGUAGACCUUACACAGCGAACAAUCAAUCACACAGAGGAGGGGCGGAACAAAAAAAUAUUUGCUACCCCGCGAAUUCAUCAUGUCGGCCAACGGUGACAAGUUCGGCAACGACAUCGAGUCCGAGUCCGACUCGGGCAACGAGUCGCACCUCGACGCUCACGAGUCGGAUAACGAGGUGGCUGAGAAGCCCAUCAAGUCCGCUCUGAAGAAGACAGCCGCCCCUGCCCCUGCCGUCCAGCGGCCCCCGCUCCCGCCACAGACAGACCCCAAAGACCUCGAUAUCAAGAGCUUGAACCCCCUAACGCCCGAGAUUAUUGCGCGGCAAGCGACGAUAAACAUUGGCACCAUCGGCCAUGUCGCUCACGGAAAGUCAACUGUGGUGAAGGCCAUUUCGGGAGUGCAGACGGUUCGUUUCAAGAACGAGCUGAUCCGCAACAUUACCAUCAAGCUUGGAUAUGCCAACGCAAAGAUUUACAAGUGCGACAACCCAGAGUGCCCGCGGCCAACAUGCUAUCGAAGCUACAAGAGCGAGAAGGAGGUUGAUCCUCCUUGUGAGCGGGAGGGCUGCUCGGGGACGUACAGGCUACUACGUCACGUAUCCUUCGUCGAUUGCCCUGGUCACGAUAUUCUCAUGAGCACUAUGUUGUCGGGCGCUGCCGUCAUGGACGCUGCGCUUCUGCUCAUUGCCGGAAAUGAAUCUUGCCCCCAACCACAGACCUCGGAGCACUUGGCGGCCAUCGAGAUCAUGAAGUUGGACAAGAUCAUCAUCCUGCAAAACAAGGUCGAUCUCAUGCGACAAGAGGCGGCCAAGCAGCACUAUGACUCGAUCCUCAAAUUCAUCCGGGGUACCGUGGCCGCCAAGUCGCCCAUCAUCCCCAUCUCCGCCCAGCUCAAGAUCAAUAUCGACGCCAUCAACGAUGCGAUCGUCAACACCAUUCCGAUCCCCCCAAGAGAUUUUUCCAUGGAUCCCCACAUGAUUGUUAUUCGGUCGUUUGAUGUCAAUAAGCCCGGUGCUGAGAUUGACGAGCUCAAGGGUGGUGUUGCCGGUGGUAGCAUUCUCCACGGUCUACUAAAGCUCGGCGACGAAAUUGAGAUCCGGCCCGGUAUCGUAACGCGUGACGACAAGGGCGACCUGAAAUGCACGCCCAUCUUCAGCCGGAUCGUCUCGCUCAACUCGGAAGCCAAUGACCUCAAGUAUGCCGUUCCUGGUGGUCUUAUCGGUGUUGGUACCCGCAUCGACCCUACCCUUUGCCGAGCCGAUCGUCUGGUCGGUUUCGUCCUGGGUCUAAAGGGGCGUCUUCCGGAGAUUUACAGUGAGAUCGAGGUCAACUUCUACCUUUUGCGUCGUCUGCUCGGUGUCCGGACCGCCGACGGAAAGCAAGCCAAGGUCGACAAGCUGGCAAAGAAUGAAGUUAUUAUGGUCAACAUUGGCUCUACCUCAACCGGUGCCAAGGUUGUCGCCAUCAAGAAGGAUGCCGCCAAGCUCCAGCUGACAAGCCCAGCCUGCACAAAUAUUGGAGAGAAGGUUGCCCUGAGCAGACGUAUUGAGAAGCAUUGGCGUCUUAUCGGCUGGGCCACUAUCGCAGCUGGUGUAACACUCGAGCCCAGCACUAAAUAGAUGUAAUUUUCCUUCUAUAGUAAAUCAAAUGAGAAGGCACGAGUUACGAGUGGUCGGUCGUUUCCCUUCCAGGCUCUUGGUCUGUGGUCCCUCUGAGUUACAUGACAAGCACACAUGGCUUGAGACCUGGAGUGCGCUGAUAUGUGGCGAGGAGGGGAUGGAUAUGCAUCGUCCAUAGCUUCGGGAAUUUGGA